CUCCCCUUCCCCGCAUUACCUUUCUCCAGCUCUACCUCUUUUUCUUUUCCGCGCCUCCCUCCCCUCUCUCUUCCCUCGAGCCAGUGAUAAGAGGGUAUGCCUUCCGCUUGCUCGGCCCUCCUGCGCCGGGGGCUCCUCCUUGUGGGGCUCCUGGCCUGCCUCCUCUCCGUGGUCCUGUCUGCCGAGUUGGAGUUUUUCGCCGUGCGGGUGAUUGCUGGCUCUCCCGAUUCGCCGACGGUCAAGCUUUUCUCCGACCCGGAUUUCUUCCUCUCCGAGCCCCUCAUUCUCCCGGCUGAGGGAGAUACUGCCGCCGCACUGGCCUCAAAGACGACAGCCGAAAAGGCCGAUGGAAGUGCCCCCAAUUCCGCCCCAGUCGGCGCCGCGACUGGCUUCCGCAUCGAGUUUGCCACCGCCGCUGGCCGGGGGAAUCCCAUUCCGGUUACCUACAACGCGGUGCACUUUGCCCUGGUGUCGGAGGACCCCAAUAUCAAGUCCCUGUCCCGUGCCGAGGCAGACCACAUGCCGGUGCUUGCGGACAUUGCUCUGGCUGGCCAUCUGGAGUCCGUGCGCGGGACCCAGGUCUUUGUGGUGGAGAUGUCUCUUGAGCAGGCUUCCAAGUUUUUCCUCGGCCGUGAUGGUCUUUACAAAUUCACCAUCAUGGCCGGUGGGUCUUCGCCGAAGUUGGAUGUUCCCCAGCUGAUUCGUCGGCCGCUGGGGUUGAUGCGUAUGCGCUUUUCGGCCAUCGAGAAGCCGGGCACCAGUGCCAAGGCCCCGGCCCUGCCGCAUGUGAGCCACCUGCCGCGCCAUGGGUCGGAGCUGCGUGGGACCGAUGACCGGUUGGCGUUCCCCGCGGCUCCGACACCGGCCACCGUUUGUGCACCGGCCUGGGCCUCGACCGGGGCGGCUCUCGGCACCCUGGGCCUCGGUGGGAUCUUCCUGCUUGUGGUCCUCUCUCAAGCGGCCCUUUCAACCAAGGGCAUGACCACCUGGUCGGUGCUUCUGGCUGCCAUGCUCCCGGCUACCUUCCUUUAUGAUGCAUGGGUUUGGUGGGCCGGAGCGCAUGGUGCGCGCAUCCUUCCCACCCUGCCGACCCGGCUGGCCUUGACCCUUGCCACCAUUUGGGUGGCUCGUCGUGGGGUAGCCCGUGUGUGUGCCUAGUCCGGCGGGUGGGUCUUACGGCCGCGUGCUCUACCGGGCAAGGAAGGCAGGUCGGGCGAAUGGCCGCAUAUGAACCUAUACUUUCCGAAAAAAUAAACACAUACAUAAGCUGCCUUCCGGGCUUCGCCUCC